GCAAAAGGCAACAAUACUGCUAGUGCAAAAGUGAUACAAAUUGAUGAAAAAACGAUAGAUUCCCACUAAAAUCGUAGAUCUUGUCACGAAACAGUGCACAAACUCGCGAAGCGCGUUCGGUGCGUUCUGUUUGCACAAUCUUACCUAUAGUUACGGUCAAAGGACACCGGAACGUUCCUCUGUCAAAGGUUGUUUGGGUGCUUUUCAGUGUCGUCUGGAAAAAAGUGUGUUGUUAAUGAGAACUAUACUUGGCGGAUUAUGAUAUUACUGUUUAUUCCGUUUGCCAUACUCUGCGAACAACAUGAUCAGUGUCAGUGAGCCGCAAGUAUUAUAAAAGCGACAUUUUUAUUCAAUCCCAAAACUGUUGUUCUCACGGGAUUAACGUAAGGGUGAACCGAAAACCGUUUCUCUAGCAUCGCGUUAGCGUUCUCUCUUCUAAACCGGGGAAGCGACAGCACCAAGAACACUGCGCAACCCGGAGUCAUCGAAAGGAGAGAUUUUGGAUACCAUCUGCAAGUAUUCCAACUAACGAUCAUUCGCGGCGAUGGAUCUCGAACGCCGAAAUGAUGAUGAAGUGAUAACACCGGGUGAUAAUAUUGCCCGCACGAAGUUUGAAUUGGAGAUCGAAAACCACGUACUCAAUUCCACCGUUAAGCUCUCCGAUGGAACCGAAGGACGCGUGUUUAGCCGGAUUCCGCGCAAUAAGGAUCUCUUGUUUGGGUACAGUUGCCAUAUCUGUGGCGUCGUGUGUCUGCAUGGUGAGCGAAUGCUGCAGAUUCAUAUGGCCGGUCGCAAGCACCAGGCCCGGUUGAACGUGACGGUGUUUGAUGCUGAGCAGUACCGUGCGGCACUGGUGGCUAAACCGCUGGUGAAAGGUACCGCGUCUGGUUCCAGUGUGUCCGGUGAUAACUCCGCCUCGGGAGAUGCAAUCGAUCAGGGUGGGAACGAAGACGACUCAUCGAAACCGGUCGCUCGAGUGCAGGGAAUUUUGGACGCCUACCGAAAUGGGCCGCUGGUGGGCUUGGAAUAUAUGGUUGAGUUAACCGAAGGAAGUUCCACCGACAAUCCGGUCUACAGCUGUACGCUCUGCAACAUCAACGACAGCAACGAGGGUGACAUAACGACCCACCUGAUCAGCUUGCAGCAUCGGCUCAAGUAUCUUCAGAAACACUAUCCGACCGUCCGGAAUGUGCUCGCUCCGUACCGCCACAGCAAGACGGAAAACGGAGCACAGGUGUUUUCGCGGGUGGUUCAAACCGUAUGUGAAGCGAUCGAGGAUCACCACGGCAGGUUGACACCGCAGGUAUACGAACGAAGUGACUUUGAGCGUAACCAGGUUAAGUACAUCCAAGAGAUUACGUUCGGCACUCACUUUGACGAGCGUACGGGGAAAAAGUUUGUCGAAGUGCUUGAUCAUAAGGUACUAGAGGAUCUGGCCAAUGCGGAAGAUCGCUCGGAGCAGACCCACGACAAGGGACAGGCACACGGACCGGGGGCACCGAAACGCUACCGGAAUCGAAACGAGCGCGGUAGUCUCGAUUCGAUCUCGAGCAUCAGUAGCGCCAACUCGGUGAUGAGCAUUUCUUCUAGCGGGGAUAAUGACGGACCGGAACGGGGCCGGUUGCGUAAACGGAGCCCGCUGAACGGUGGGCGUUCAGGGGUGCCAGUGGAUGAUCGGUACGUUAUUUCGGGCAAUCGUGUUGAUUAUCGACGCGGAGAGGGUGGCGGCAUCGAGCGAUCAUCGAGGAAAACACAAAUCCUUCCAACACCACGUGAACUUUCCCUGCAGUCGGCCGCAAUCGCACACGAACGGUACAAGUGGGAAAAGUAUCGGUGCUCGGUCGAGUUGGCGGUCGGACAGUUGACGAAGCAGCUGAAGGAGUACGAGAAGAACCCGGAAAAGCAUCCGCUCUACUCGGAGGAGUGGAAAAAGUUUUGGAACCGACGGUACAAGGAGUUGCAGGCUGAGAAGAAGGAUCCACAGAAGCAUAACUUCAAACCGGAGUGGAUCGAGUUUUGGACGAAGCGUAUGAAGGAGCUGCACGAUGAGGAAGUGGAACGCAAAAAGGUGGAAAUUCGCACCAAGAUGCAGCUCCCGGCGGAUGGCGAAGAGCGGACGGACGAGCUGCGGGAACAGUAUGCUGUACGGGUGCCACCCGGGAACAGUAAGCGAUCCCGUUCGAACGACCCCAAACCCGAUGCACCGCUGACGACGGUGCUGAUCGACGUAAAUUCCGACGAAGAGGUGGAUGAUUAUAAGGGUGGUCAACCGAUGUCCAGCAGGGCCAAGCCCCGCAGCGGGGGACGAGGUGAAGAGAAACGAUGGGAAAGAACUCGUCGCGAAUCCAACUCCCGGUCGCGCCGUUCGCGCAGUCCAAUCAGUGAUGACGCUAUGGACGGUUUUUCACGUGGUUCUUCUAGUCGCCGUUAUGCUCCUCCUCCGAUGGACCGUGAUAGAUCCAGUGGUAGUGUUGCUGAUAGCCGACCCCCCGAGCGGGUUGAUUAUGAUGCUUGGGCUAAGAACUACUAUGGCCCGAACAAGAAGGUGUUUGUGCGCACGGAAUUCGACACGGAAAAUGUACCGCUAAAUUUCAUCGCCGUCUGUCGGCUGCUGACGGCGUUCGAAGAGUACCUCGGCAGUCUCGGGCCGAAGGUGAUCGAUCUGAUGGCGAAAGCGCUCGCCCUGGAAAAAGUGAAGGCCAAUUCGGCCGACGAUUUGCUGCUGAACGAGGAUAACUGCAUGUUUCUGGAGACGGUGAAAGAGAAGCUGAAGGGUCACAUGAUGGCUGAGACGAUCGAUCCUCCGAAGAUAGCUCCGAUCAAGAAAGCCGUAUGUAAUAUUGCGCGCCUUCUACACGAGGCUUCAAAGCGGGAACCGGUUAGCAAACCGGUGGAAGAGGAAGUAUCUCGCGAUUCGCUGGCGUUCAGCGAUGGAAACGUUCCCGCCCCCGUGGCACCGUCGACGCCGAGUGCGGUUGGACUCGACAAAAUUGCCAUUGCGGAACAGCUGGCAAAGGCGCUCGUGGCGCAAGGUAAGGUGGAUUUCACCACCGAGGAGCUGGAGCAGUUGAUAAAUGUUUACAUUGCCAUGGAGAAGAUGUCGCGCGAGAGGAAUAGCACUAUUACCACAAAGGCCUAUCUAGCCGCCCUUCCGUCUGUGGCUGCCGUUGCAGCUACUGCCGUUCCUGUUUCUGUUCCUGUUGCUACUCCAGUAACUCAUCUCCCUGCCGAGUUGAAGGAAAUGCCCAAGUCGGGAAGUUUAGACCGCGCCCGAAUGGAUGUGCCUGUUCCACGGCGAACGGAGAUAAAUGACUUCCGUGGUGUCGCUGGUCUUGGUGCGGGUACGAAAGCCCGUGAAACGGCACCACCCGCCGCCAUGGCAUCAUCGUCGACUGGAGGGCUUGAAAAUUUGAGUGAUUCCGACCUGCAGACACUCCUGCAGAGCUUCAAGGAGCUAUCGAACGAAGAGCAGAUGCAUCUAAUAUCAUACCUCCGGAAGCUUGAACGAACCGAACCGGACCGCGUGGAGCGACUGCGGCGUUACGUCGAUUUCGAUGGAUUGAACGGGCAGAAUAGUCGUGACUACGAUCAAGAUCCUUCGGAGGAUGACGAAAGACAUAGCUACAGAGAUCAGGAUGACGAUGAUGGUUUCGAAACAUUCCGAGGUGCUUCAUCAAUGGGGACGAAUGUUGCUCGUAACCAGCAGCAAAUGACCUCUGCGAUCAUUAAACAUCAACCGAAUUUUAACAACCAACAUCAGCAACAACCACAGCAGCAGAAACAGCAGCAGCAGCAGCAGAAGCAGGUGCAACAGCAGCAGCAACAACAGCAGCAACACUCGCAGCAAAAUCCACAACAGCAUAAGCAGCAACAACCGAAACAACACCAGCAAGCACCACAAAUGGGAGCGAACAGGCAGAAAGAACUUCAGCAGCCGAAGGGCAACAAACUUCUUGUCGAUUCUGAGGACGAGGACGAUUACAGCUACGACGAUAUACUGCGUGCGGCCUCCAAGAACGUCUCGAACGUUGCGCACCCGCAAUCGAAGUCGUCGCUAGACGUGCACGAUACAAGCUCGAACCAGUCCCAUUCCAGGGGCACCGCUAACGAUCCCGCUAGCGGGUCGGCCUCAGUUUCACUCUCCGACACGCAGAAUUUGAUCGCGAACUUAAUGGAAUCGCUGCAAAAGUCCGUUUCUGAUGCCAAUAGCAGCAACGCGAAUGCCGGAGGAUCGAAAUCGGCCGGCGGAGGUGGCGGAAUGGAUUACGCCAAUCCGAUAACGACGAUUGGUUCCCUUGCUGGUUCCUCCAACCAGGUCUACCCUGGUCAGAUGGCACAAAUGCAACCACGCCCGCAAGGCCCCCAAGGACUGUCCAUGCAAUCGAUGGGUCCGUACGGAGGCCCACAAGGCCCACCGCAAGGAGUACCGAUGGGGGGACAGUCCUUCGGGCAGCAGUUUAUGUACCCUGGAGGUCAAAUGUUUGGAGGAAACAAUCCCCAGCAGCAGGCACAGCAGUAUGGUGGAUAUGGCAAUUUUGGCUACUACUGAGAGUAAAGAGAGGGCGGCUCCCGCCGCCUGAUGAUGACAAUUAUUAUAUUUUUAA